AAACAACCUUUGAUCAGAUCCUGACAAAUCACACAUCAGGACUCUCCCUAUUGGGCGGGCUUUAAGAGCAAGACCCUGAGAAAGAACUUUGACCCUGUAUUUCACGAAGACAGAGGUUCGUCUUAAAGUUAAUCCAUAUAUUUGAAUGCUUGUUGACUCGUUUUGCACUGAUUUAGAAAGGCGUCUCGUAUAUAAUGCCUGGGAUUCCAGAGAUGAAUCAGAACAUGUUCCAGGAGGGGCUGCAUCAGGUGUUUUUUAAGGAACGCCCUUUGCCCCACGCUGUUCCCGCUGACGACUCCACAGCUGGAGAGCUGAUGGAAGACAGACUGGUCCGCUGGUUUGGGACAGUGGUCAACACCCGCCUUCUCCUGUCUGGGGUUGUUCAGAUUUUCAGCGCUGCCUUCUGUGUUCUUUCCACUUUCUCUUAUACCUGUUUGACUUUCAGCUGUUCUGCGUCUAUGACAGCUCCAAUAUGGUGUAGCCUUUUUUUUCUAGCCACGGGGUCACUUGCAAUUGAUGUCCAAAGGAAACCCAAAAAAUUCAAAGUCAUGACUCUGAUGGGCCUGAAUAUCUUCAGCUUACUGUUUGGAGUUUGUUCUUUUGUCACCUUCUUUAUUAAAUCCUCACUAAUGGAAAAGGCCACCCCUCAGCAGCGCAUUGGUGUGUAUGUGCUGAAGGGCAGUGGUUUCGUGUCCAUCCUCCAGUGCAUGUUAGCAGCCAUAUACAUGCUCUUUCUGAUUUGGAAAGGUAUUAAGUCCUACAGCACCCUCUACAGACAGGACUACAUCAGCGUAAUGCAGAAAUCAGAUGAACACACAGAUCCACUGCUGGAAAACGAACAGUUCAGCCUUUGAACGGUCGGUGGUCGGUGUGUGGAAACUUAUGCAAACAAAUUUAUGGCUUAUUUUAUUUUAUCAAGAGAAUAAAUACAUUUUUAAGCAUUUACACCCAGGUUCACAAUGACAAAUAAUAGUGAUAUUGCAAAAACCUGACUACAUAUUUCCAUUUGUGAAAAUCCCAAACAAUAAUUUAUAUGUUACAUUUUAAUGCAUAAUUUAUAUACAUUCAAUACAUAUGCAUGUCAUUUGUGAGGAUAACAUGGACCCCAUCAAUGAUUUUGUAUGUUUAUAUAUUUAUGUACAAUUAUGUGU